AUGAUCUGCUUCGCCAAGAUCGAGGACGACGCCUUCGUUUCUGUCGCCUAUUGGAACACUAUGAUCUGCUUCGCCAAGAUCGAGGACGACGCCUUCGUUUCUGUCGCCUAUUGGAACAGCCUCGACAGAUUGUGCGCGUCGACGAGGAAGGGCUCGCUGCACUUCUACGCGCUCACCAACACCGACAACGAGUCCAGCGACGACCACGAGGAGGACGACCUAUUCGGCGUCCACGCUGACCGUCCCGAUGGCGCGCCGCCACAGCCGGACGCGGGCUUCUAUGCGCUGUGCGAGUUCGACGUGCUCAAGACGGGGUACUGCGUAGUGGUGCCGCCCUGUUGGAGCGAGUUCCAGCAGUCGUUGAGGCAGCGCAGGCAGCCGAACGUGCAAAAGUUGACAGAUAAGAAUGUUAGGCUUCAGUCAGAGUUCACAUCUAGGGAAACCAAAAUCCAGCAGCUCAGCUCUGAGUAUACAUCACUGAAGAGGCAGAUUAAAGAAGCUGAAUCCAAGAUUUGUAUGUUGUCCAGUAAGAUGUCUGAUGAGGGACAAAGAUUCAAACAAGAAAAUGAUGAUCUCUCUAAUAAACUAGUUGAAGUAACAAAGGCUUAUGAUCAGUGCAAACAGCAAGUGACAGAUAUGAAAGGGGAAGAGACCCUCAUGAAGAGAAAGUAUGAAAUGUCUUUGAAGGAAAUGAACAAAGAAUUGCAUUACUGCCGCAGGAAGCUUGAUGAUUAUGAGAAACCAAGAAGUAAAUCCAGUAACAACAGUUCCAGUUCAUCAUUGAAUACUACUGAUUCAGCUGGCCUAGUGAAAACAGAUGUACAAAUAGAUAAAGAGACACUCAUUGAACACAUUGUAAAUAUCCAAAAAGUGAGUGCCAAGAAGUCUGAUAAAAUAGACUUUCUAGAAGAACAUGUUAAUACUCUUGUGGCUGAUAUACAGAAGAAAACAAAGCUUCUUCAAAGUUACAUUCUUAGAGAACAAUCUGGUGCUUUAACAUCUAACAAAAUGGACAGAAAUAAGGCAGACUUUUCUAAAUUUAAUGGUUUAAUGGCCUCUUUAUAUACAUCUCAUGUUACAGAUGAGAGUGUGACUUUGGAGUUGUCUCUUGAUGUUAAUAGGAAGCUUCAAGCUGUUCUGGAAGAUACAUUACUGAAAAAUAUCACUCUCAAAGAAAAUGUAGACACUCUUGCUUCAGAGAUUGACAGGAUGAACAAGAUGUUGAAACAAUGA